AUGGCUCAAGAACCAGAUAUUGGUCCAAACCUGUGGUAUUCAAUGUUCAUAGACCCGAGCCACACACAGUCGAUGGUAGGCACAGCACUCUAUAACGGGGAUGGAUCGAGGGGCGCAGUAUUCAUCAAGACAAGAAACGACACAGACACUGAGCAGCGAUGGCAGCUGCGCAAAUUCAACUCAACCGUUUGGACGCUGCGUUCACAAGGAUCUGGUCCAAACAGUUACCUGUCCGCAAAAUACUCCGAUGACGAGCAACAGAAGGGCAAAUCGUUCGUAUACAUGGCUCGAGGUGAUAUUGCCGACGCGAGUGCGUACUGGACUAUCGCCUCAUGGGGCGACGGGACGCGGUAUCUGACCAACCUGGCAAACAAGACCGAUUAUCAUCUUACCCUUACACCAAAUUUGGGUCAUAUCGUAAUGAGCUCGAACAUUACAGCGCCACAGAAAGGGCAAAAAUGGAAUUUUUCGGAAAUAGCAGCCAUCGAUGAUGAGCGGUAUUCAAGCGUUAACUUAGUAGGUGAUGUGACCGGUACUCAAACUGCUACCUCAGGACCUUCCUCAUCUUCGGCCACGGCCAAAGCGAACGAGAAUACCUCUUCAGGCCUUUCUACUGGCGCAAAAGCAGGUAUUGGAGUGGGAGUUGGCGGUGCUGCACUCAUAGCACUCAUCGUACUCGGCCUUUUCCUUUGGCGGAAACGAAAGAGAGGACAGUACACAAGCCCGCCGCAAGAGCUGCCCCACGAGAGCAUGGCACAUGUUCAGUCUCCACCACUAAACAAGUACGAGCUGAAUCACGAUACCACAACAACGUACGAGAUGCCAUACAACAAUGUUGUGUCAGAAGCGCCGAUGAAUGAGCGCCCAGCCGAGCUACCUGGUCACACGGUGCAGAGAUGA